AUGGGCUACAGACGCAGCUCCGGUUCGAAUCGCAAUGAUGAGCCAAGAUGUUUAUGGGAUGACCCGGUUACCGGCGGUGCAGACGCAAAUUGGCGGGGUGACUUCGGACUCGGUGCAGUGUCGAUUUGGGUAGUGAUGUCCGGUAAGCGUCGGGGAUAUCGCGGCUACGCAGAUGCCAACCCGAGAAAGGACUGGGCCUCUCAGGCUCAUUCGCAGGUCGAAACCAUCCUGAGAUGCAGCCAAGCAACUCACCGCCGUCAACAAGUCGAGGCUGAAGCUUUAACUCGCCGGUCUGCAUCGACGUCGAACCUUUGUGGCUUACUGCAGUCGGCAGGGUGA